AUGAGCGGCCUCGCGACCAAGCAGCAGUCGCUCAAGAUCUUCGAGAAGCUCAAGUCCAAGCCGGCCAACAAGGUCUGCUUCGACUGCGGCCAGAAGAACCCCACGUGGACAUCGGUGCCUUUUGGUAUCUACCUCUGUCUGGACUGCUCCGCCAACCACCGCAACCUCGGGGUGCACAUCUCGUUUGUCCGCUCGACCAAUCUCGACCAAUGGCAAUGGGACCAGCUGCGGGUCAUGAAGGUGGGCGGUAACGAGUCCGCGACCAAGUUCUUCCAGCAGAACGGCGGCUCAGCAGCCCUUAACAGCAAGGACUCCAAGACGAAGUACCAGUCUGCUGCUGCCACCAAGUAUAAGGAGGAGCUGAAGAAGCGGGCGGCACGCGAUGCCAAGGAGUAUCCCGAAGAGGUCAUCGUCGACGGGGAUGUUUCAGAGGCGUCCAAAACCCCGUCCGGCGAGGCCGAGGACGACUUCUUUUCCUCCUGGGACAAGCCCAGCAUCAAGAAGCCCACGCCACCCAUUUCCCGCACCGCCACGCCGCCCGUGGUCGGCCGCACGCCAUCGCCAUUUCUCAGUGCCGGCGGCAAGGAUAGCAUAUCACGAUCGACGUCACCGCUGGCUGGCAACAGUUCCGACACGUCCAGCGUGGCGAAGCCGGCCGCCAGCCGCAUCACGCACUCGGCCGCGCUCAAGAAGACGACCCUCGGCGGUGGUGCCCGGAAGGCCAACGUGCUGGGGGCCAAGAAAGCGCCGAAGCUCGGCGUCAAAAAAGUCACGGUCGACCUGAUCGACUUUGACGAGGCUGAGAAGAAGGCUAAGGAGGAGGCCGAGCGGAUCGAGAAGCUGGGCUACGACCCGGAUGGCGAGGAGGAGUCGGCUGCAUCGGCUGUCAAGGCUGCUAGUGCCAAGUCGGGUGCAACCACGAUUGUGUCGCCGACGCCCGUCAAUGCUACACGCGGAGCGGCAUCGCACAGCCGGGAGAAGUCGGCGUCGGAGAUGGAGCGGCUGGGCAUGGGCAUGGGCCGGUUAGGAUUCGGCCAGGUGGGCGGACGUGGCGGCGCAGCUGCGGCCUCGUCGUCAGCGGGAAAGAGGAACAUGGGAGGCUUCGGGUCCGUGGGCCCGAUCAAGUCCUCUGACGACGACGAAAAGUUUGCCCGCAGCAAGUUUGGCAACCAAAAGGCCAUCUCGUCGGACGAGUAUUUUGGCAAGGGCACGUACGACUCGGCCGUGCAGAACGAGGCAAAGCAGCGGCUGCAGGGCUUCGAGGGGGCCACGUCGAUCUCGUCCAACGCGUACUUUGGCCGGCCGGACGAGGAGGCGGAGGAGGAAUACGGCGACCUGGAGUCGGCAGCCAAGGAUUUUGUGCGCAAGUUUGGCAUCACAGCCGGCGACGACCUCGACAACCUGACGCAUGCGUUGGGUGCCGGCGCGACGAAGCUGCAAGGAGCAAUCCGGAAUUACCUGGGCAACUGA